AUCUUAAGAACCAGUUGACUUCAUACCCGAACCAGCCUAAUGUGGAAUAGGGCUGUAAAAUUCAUAUAUAUGUCUCUGCUUUCCCAGAUGAAAUUUUCAUAAAAAACGAUAGGUUAGCCAAAAUGGAACAAUAUAUCCUUUUAGUUCUUUGUCUGUUUUUGACGGAGACAUGUCAGACUAUGAAUUCCAAUGUCAAGAAAGAUGAUGAAGAACUUGCAGAGAAGGUUACCAUGGUAUCAUCUGUGAACAAGAAAGCAAAACCAAAAGCAAAUGAUUUUUUAGAGAGGUUACAAACAAACUUGAACCUGAGUGAAAGUGCUUCCCAGAGCAACCCAGGGACUGAAAAACCAAGCAAGUCUGAAACAAAGUCAGUCACUAUACCAGGCAAGGAAGUAAAAAUUUCACCAAAUCUUAACAAUACUGGAUUCAAAUAUGGGACAAAGGCACCACUGAGAUCUAGUUUAAAGGAUACUGGAUUAGAUAUAGUGUUUCCUAUGUCUAAAGUUUCUACAUUAAAGCCUGUGUUAGAGAUGGAAAGUUCUAGCAUUACUAGUGCAAUCAUGGAAAGGAAGAAUAAAAUCAUUACAGCAAGUGAUAGUGAAAUACUAGACACAGCUGAUCAUGUCAAAAAUAUUUCAUCAACACCUUCACUACAGAAAGGAAAAACAGCUGACAAGAAAGAGAGUGAAGCUAAAAACAAGAUAGAACCAACUCCUGCCGUGGUAGUAAUCAACCCGGAUGACAACACAGCAGAGGAAGAUCUGUUCCUGGAAGAAAACCCAAGGUCAUCCACCAAGGACACAGUCAGUCAGCACAAUGAUGAAUAUGAACAAGAAGAAGACAAUUGGUAUCAAGAUGCAAGCAUCCUAGACAGUAAAGAGACAUCAUCAGAAGAUGAAGAUGAAUGGGAGUUCUGGAAUGAUCAUCAUGAAGUUGUUACCGAUGAAAAAAGCAAUGUAGCAGACAAAUUUGGAGACUUUUGGGAUGAGCAAAGUUAUGCCAGAGGCCCAUAUUUAAAGAAAGCCAUCAUGACCUCCCCCUCUGAGGAGGACCAGAAGAACCAGGUCCGGAGGGAGAUGAACCUGAUGACAUUCUACAGCUGGGUCCUCUUCAUCUCCUUGUCUUUGCUGCUCCUCUACGUCUUUUACAGACAAAAGAAUGUGUUCAAGCCUUACUGGUCCUACCUAUAUCAGUCCUCAAAAACGAAAAGAAUGCUGUCCUCUGAGGACACAACAGAGGAGAGGAAGGGCUUGGUUCGCCAUGCGUAUGCCUAGCCUGGGCUGUAUCGGGAGCCCAGCAGGGCUGUCUCAAAAACUUGGUUGGCUCUACAGAGAGAAGCAUAGAAAGCAGUCUCUACUUCUGAAGUCAAAUUUUAUUUAUAAAACUGAAUUUAUUUUUUAUAUGUGCCAUAUUCAGCAGAGGCAUGUUCAGCAGAGGAGAUGCACAGGAACACUUGCCAAAUUCCCCUAUACCUGUAAAAAAAAUGUUGGGUAGCACUCAUGAGUACUUGCUGUGCUGAUUUGCCUUCAAACUGGUUUGAUUUUUAAUUUUUUUGUUUUUGUUUGUUGACCACCGUGAUUUAAUUAUUUAAUCUUGUUGAAUAUACAUGUAUGCCAGUAUUUGCAUCAAGGAUAUUGAUCUGAUUGCAGCAAAGUCAUAAAGUGUUUUUAUUGUCUAUAACUUGUUCCUUUUAAGUUUUCUCCAACCUUGAUUUUUUUUAAGUCUUUGGAGACUUAUUGUUUUUGUACGGUUUCUUCUUUUUCUUCAUUCCAACUCUGAACUAGAGAUGGCUGAACAGAAUUGUACAAAACUCUAGGAUACGAUAGGCCUGCAUAUCUAGAUGUGCACGCUGGUUUGAUUUUACUCAUUUGGGGUUGGCCAACCACUUUUCUGGGGGGGUCAAAAGAUUGUGGGGUCAAACAUUGAACCUUAUGGGAAAAAUCUUAGACUCUAUUGUAAAUGGUUAUAACUUGAAAACGGACAAAGAUAAUGAUAUAGGGUUUUCAGAAUCAUAUAUUGACUGUUACAGGCAAUAUAAAGGGUUUAUUAGAUCUGACCCCUGGGGUCAUCCCCACCCCCCAAGAAUUGGAAAUGACCAUAUAUCUCAGAAACUGUUAGAAUCCUGACCCCUAAACAAUAUAUAUUCUUGUUCCAUGUGUUAAGGGGCAUCAAAUGGUAUAUAGAUAAUGAGCCCCGGGGGUGGUCCUGACCCCCUCAAACAGGAAGUGCACGAAUAACUUGAAAAUGGUUAAGAUCCCCACCUCUAAACCAUAUAUAAUCUUGUUCCUUGUGUCAAGGCGCAUCAAAUGGUAUGUAGGUCAUAGGCCCUUGGGGUGGUCCUGACCCCUCUCAAACAGAAAGUGCCCAAAUAUUUUGAAAACGGUUAAGAUCCCCACCCCUAAACCAUAUAUAUUCUUGUUCCAUGUGUUAAGGGGCAUCAAAUGGUAUGUAGGUCAUGGGCCCCGGGGGUGGUCCUGACCCCCCUCAAACAGGAAGUGCACAAAUAUCUUGAAAACGGUUAAGAUCCCUACCCCUUAACCAUAUAUAUUCUUGUUCCUUGGGUCAUGUUGGUAUACCUGAUGUAUAGUAAAGGACCUCUGGGGAACAUCAUGAAACUUCAGAAAUAAAAAUAAUCAAGUUCUUAAUCUUUUUGUCUGUAAAGUUUGACUCAUGUGGGUCAUCCCUACUCCCAAUGAUGGCCUCAUUCGUUUGGGAGACUUUAUAAUUGCCCCCAUUAUAAUUACAUCUUGUUUUGUAUUAAAAUUUAAAGUUUGAUGUGUAAACAUUGAAAUUGAACUAAAAUAUUUGUUUGUUGCAAAUAUUUUUCAUGCAGUAAGAGCUAAUAUGGAUACACCAACAGAGCAAUUAUAUUGAAGAUUGCUACCUAAAUAAAACAUAACAAUUUUUCACUGUUUUCUAUAAUUAAAAGCAUUUUUAACCGAAAUUAAUCAAUCUUUUAUUUGAUGUAUUUUAACAUUUUAAGGCCAUUUGGACUUAGAAGUACAUUUAUAUAUAUGCUUUCACAUUUAUGGUGUAGUUGAAUACAAUCUUUCAACCACAAAAAAUUACUGUUUAGCAGCUUAAAAUGUCAAUGACUUUUUAAAUGAUGGUUCACACUCACUUAAAAUUGAUACAUUUGUAAUUUAUUAUACAGGUGAAAGUUAAUUUUGAAGUAAGGCAUUUUUAUGAUUUGCAAUACAUUCUUGAUAAAAUGUCUUCCAAUUUAAUAGAUAAGUGUAAGUAUAUGUAUAGUUGAACAGUAGCAUAAUAACAACGCCAGUAUCUUGCCAUGAGAAUAUUUAGACUCUUUUCAUAUAUGUUUUAUUAUUGUAAAAUUUAUUAACUUUUUACACAAUAUAACUAAGAGAUAUAGUACAUGUUACAAUUGUUUACUCAAAUUUUAUUUAUUUUUUCACAGAAAGUUCAAUAUAUUUUGCCUCGAGAGCAAUUAGGCAACACCUAUUUCAUAUCAAAAUAUGUUUCACUUUCUGUUGAACAAUAUUUGUACCACAUAUUAAGGUUUAUCAUAACAGUAAAUUCUGCUACCAAACUGAGAUAUAUAAUGAAACUUGAAAUGGAUAUUGGUUCUUCUUCUAAAUUACCUAUAGAUAUGGAUUUUUAGCACGUUUUUGACUUGGAAAUGACCAAAAAGAUGUUUAAUUUUGGGGGGGGAAAUCAACUUUAAUUUUAAAUUUUACCACUCCCUGCGAUUAUUCGAACUCGGGACAUGCGGCUUAGUAGACCAAAGCUAAACCCAUUGUACCACAUAUAUAGACACCAAAUUUUAGUGAUAUAAACUGUUUCACAAUGCGUUAAAAUCGCCAUGUUGUAACUAACUGUCAUGAAAAGUAAAAGUCAAGGGGUGUCGAGGAUCCUUAGAUUUAACAGCUUUCAAUUCUUUGUACUGCAAUGAAUUCAUAAUUUUUCAGAAACAAAAAUAAUGAUCUAUCAAAGGGAUCCAAUUGAUUCUCCCUUUGGCAAUAUAUUACUGGUAUCGUCAUCAGUAUGACAAAAAGUUUGUUAUGAAAUGGUCAAAUGCAUGACAUAUGCUUAGUGAUGUCUUACAAACCAAAUGAAGUGCUUGUGUUUCGGUUUUUGUUGGUUUUGUACAACUAAUGGUAUAUUUUUAGCAAGUUAAAUUAAUAGUCAGUUUCUGUUAUGUAAUUUUGAAUAAUUUAAUUCUUGUUGUAACGCGGCAUUUGAUUGGAUAGAAAAAUUUAGUUAAAUUUGUAUAACCUGGUUUGCAUGUCACAAGACAUGUCACAAUGCACCAACGUCAAAAACGUACUAAUCGGCUUGACGUUAUGUUUGAAUUUUGAACAGAUUAAUAUAUUUUUAAAAGUAAACGGACUCAAUUUGUACAGCAAAUUACAGAAAAUUAAAUUAUAAGGAAUGAACUCAAUAUCUACCCAAGUUAUACUCGUAUAACCUGGGUUGGAGCAAUUUACGCUUUUUUAUAAUCCGCAGGUAUGUUUGAAGUUAGGGCAAAAUUAGUCACUAAUCUUGUUUUUUUCUUACAACUGGUUUCAUCUAUUUUGUUGAGCACUCAUUUUCAUUGACUUCAUAGCUGAGAAGCUCCAUGAAAUCAUAAGUUCAACGAGGUGAUAAAAAGACAUACCCGGUAAUUGGUAUUUGUAAGAAUUAAAAUCUCUAUGCUGAAUGACGCUUAUGUUAAUAGAUCUCAGUAUGAAAUCCAAAAAUAUUUGUCCCAUAUUUAUUAUUCUUACAUGGCUGGUACAUGAACUUUUUUGAAUUAUAUUUCACUUUUGUGAAGAAAUCCUAUGAUAUAUCUAUGAUCACUUCUUACAAUUCAAGGAUAUGCAUGUACCUGGAAUUACAAUAUUAAAUUUAAUAACUAAACAUGUCUUGUAUAGAAAUGUGUACUGCAUAAUCAGUGGGUACAAAUUGUAUUUGUGUUUUUAAUAUAAACCACUUUUGUUCUUGGUGUGCCAGUUAUAUGCAUAGUUUGAAUAUAAGCAUUGACUUAAAUUGUUUUUUUAUGUUCUUCACAGACAUUCUUUUACCGGUAAAUAAAAUUUAAAAUCUC